CCUCUUUUUGCAUGACGUAUUUUCUUGUUCCGGUGUCCCGGUUCUGGCUUGUCAGCCUCGGUGUCUCCCUACAUGGCGGAGGCGCGUGCGGGUGCCUCUGUUUCCGGUCCCACUCCGGGUUCCGGUUCCGGUUCGGUGUCACCAUCCCUAUCACCCCCUCCACCUCCCGGACCCCCCUCCACCUCCCCACCACUCCCGCCACCCCCUCCUCCACCUGGCACUGGGCCAGCACCCCCAAGAGAGGGUUCCAGCAGUUCCUCAGGGUCAGCCUCCGGUUCGGCUAGGGAGGGAUGGCUGUUCAAAUGGACCAAUUACAUCAAGGGGUACCAGAGGCGCUGGUUUGUACUGAGUAAUGGGCUGCUGUCUUACUACCGGUCAAAGGCUGAGAUGCGUCACACCUGCCGUGGAACAAUAAACCUUGCUACAGCCAACAUUUCUGUAGAGGACUCCUGUAAUUUUGUGAUCUCUAAUGGGGGUGCACAGACAUAUCACCUAAAAGCCAGCUCAGAAGUGGAGCGCCAAAGAUGGAUCACCGCCUUGGAGCUUGCAAAGGCCCGUGCAGUCAAGAUGCAGGCAGAGUCAGAUGAUUCAGGGGAUGAAGACUCUACUCAGACCGAUAAAGCUGAGGUUCACAGCACAUUACGAGCCUUGUCGGGAAAGGUGGAAGAUCUGGGUACAUGUAAUGAUUUAAUAGCAAAGCAUGGAACUGCCCUACAACGCUCACUGAGUGAGUUGGAGAGCCUGCGCCUUCCCCAAGAGAGCUCUGAUAAGAUCAAACAAGUAAAUGAGAGAGCCACACUCUUCAGGAUCACCUCCAAUGCAAUGAUAAAUGCUUGUCGAGACUUUAUGUCUCUUGCAGAGAGUCAUAGUAAACGCUGGCAGAGAGCAUUGCAGUAUGAAAGAGACCAGAGACUUCGUCUAGAAGAGACACUUGAGCAGCUGGCAAAGCAGCACAACCACUUGGAGCGGGCGUUCCGUGGGGCUACUGUGCUGCCAGCAGAGACCCGUUCUGGGGCCUCCAAAGACCUCUGCGGGACAGGGAAAGGGGACCUUAGUGAUGAAGAUGAUGAGAAUGAGUUUUUUGAUGCCCCAGAAAUCAUAAGCGGCUCUUCACAGGAUGGUCUUGGGCACAAGCGAUCAGGAAGCAACAUUAGUGCAGCAAGCUAUGAUAUUAUAGAAGAACCUGUACGCCCACCCUCUGAGGAUCUAAGAAGGGAAAGACGCACAAGGAUCCCGUACAAACCUAACUACAGCCUUAAUCUGUGGAGUGUCAUGAAGAAUUGUAUAGGGAAAGAGCUAAGCAAAAUUCCAAUGCCGGUGAACUUUAAUGAGCCACUCUCCAUGCUCCAGCGUUUGACAGAGGACCUGGAGUAUCAUACCCUGCUGGAUCGGGGAGCUCAGUGUGAGAGUGCUCUUGAACAGCUUUGUCUAGUUGCUGCUUUUACAGUUUCUUCUUACUCCACCACAGUCUUCCGCACCAGCAAGCCCUUCAACCCACUUCUAGGAGAAACCUUUGAACUGGACCGGAUGGAGGAUAACGGGUAUCGCUCCCUCUGUGAGCAGGUCAGUCAUCACCCCCCUGCGGCUGCACACCAUGCAGAGUCUCGUCAUGGCUGGACCUUGCGGCAAGAGAUAAAAAUUACUAGCAAAUUUAGAGGAAAAUACCUUUCUAUCAUGCCGUUGGGUACCAUACACUGUAUAUUUAAUAAUUCUGGGAAUCAUUACACGUGGAAGAAAGUGACCACCACUGUUCACAACAUAAUUGUUGGGAAACUGUGGAUUGACCAGUCAGGAGAGAUAGAGAUUAUCAAUCAUAAGACUGGGGAUAAGUGUAAGCUUAAGUUUGCACCAUACAGCUAUUUCUCCCGGGAUGUGGCGCGCAAAGUAACCGGGGAGGUAAUGGAUGCUACAGGCCGUGUGCAUUACACCCUGAUGGGGACUUGGGAUGAGCGUAUGGAAUGCGUACCAGUGUCGCCAGGUGGAAGCGGGUCUGAAAACGGGGGAGAUAAAGCCCCAGAGAGUAGGACUUUGUUGUGGAAGCGAAACCCUCUUCCGAAAAAUGCAGAAUACAUGUAUUACUUCUCCGAGCUUGCGCUGUCUUUAAAUGCUCCUGAGGAUGGUGUUGCCCCGACAGACAGCCGUUUGAGGCCCGACCAACGACUGAUGGAGAAUGGCAACUGGGAUGAAGCCAAUGGAGAAAAACAGAGACUUGAGGAGAAACAAAGAAGCACAAGGCGGAGAAGAGAGGCUGAGAGGGAGAAAGCUGGAGAAGAUGGCUCUCCGGUGGAUACGUAUAAGCCUAUGUGGUUUGAACGGAAGAUGGAUCCCGUAAAUAAAGAGAUGACACACAUAUUUCGUGGCACAUACUGGGAGUGCAAAGAGAGGCAAAAUUGGGAGGGUAGUCCUGAUAUCUUCUGAGAAACCGUGGCAAUAUUUGUUCUUUUCUGAUUUGCUCCAGCUCCAUUCUUUUUGUUAUUACCCUCUACCUGCAGCGAUGCCUUACUGACCCUGGUCCUGACUUCUCUGGACAGAUUAAUGCUCUGCAGGUCUAACUUACAAGGGGAUAAUGAAGCUAUGCACCACAUGUUUUGUGGGGUAUCUCCUUUUACCACAGGGAUUUUUAGGUUACUGUACUUGGUAACCAUGUGGUUUCAAAUACUCACACCUUUAUGGAUAUACCUUUCAAAUAUCCAUAUGACCGCAAGCUGUCACCCAUUCCUAUAUAUGGAAUUUUGCAGUAUACUUUAUACAUUUAAAAUCUAUUUGAAAACACAGCCUCGUGUAAAUGAUUGCCAUUAGUAACUCUUGAGAAUAUUUGAUAGUGGCUUCUUUUAUCGAGUUUCCAUUUUUUUUGACCUGCAGAGCAUAGUAAGUCCCCACAGCCCUCACAACCAUCUUGCAACACCCACAAUGAGCAACACGGUGGGUGGAGGAUGCUGUUUGCCUUAUGUUUUGGUUUUUAUUAAUCGCGUUUCUAGUUAAUUUCUUUGACUUCUGUUGUGUGAAUACAUUUUUGUGAAUUAGAGGGUGGUUAACAUUUCUGUAAGACCUUUGAUAUGAUUUUGGGUACAACUGAGGAUCUGCUGUCAGUACAAUAAUUCUAAUUGUGUAUCGCAGUAUAUCUAUGUAUGUGUGUGUGUGUGUGUGUGUGUAUAUAUAUAUAUAUAUAUAUAUAUAUAUAUAUAUAUAUAUAUACACACACAUACACAGAUAGAAAUAUACAUAUAAUACACACACUCAGAUCUAUAUAUAGAUAUUUCCUUAUAUAGAUCUAUAUAUGUAUGUGUACUGUAUAUUGUGUAUAUUUUUCAUUGGUGAUCCCAUCACUCUACCUCUCAAUGUGCGUCUCUCAUCCUUUUCUCUUCCCUGUGCAAAAACUAAAUUAAAUAAAAAUCAGAUGAAGGCUCUUA